GCCCGCACGUCAAUUUGGUCACAUAAACAUGAGGAUACCGUCACCUUAGGGCGCAGCAACUUUUUCCCAAGCUUUUUCCGCGACGCACGCAAGAGUCCGCUCACGUUCCCCACGAGUGCCCGCCGGACCUGUAUGGCCCCAUCGACCGCCAUGUCAGCUUUGACCGCGGCCCUGAAAAGCGAAGACCUCGCCCCCCGCUCGGUCCUCGUCCACAGAGGAGACAUGCAGACCAGCCUGAGUCCCGCCGAGGAGCCGGGGAAGCCCAAAGUCGCGAUCCUGCCCUUCAGCGUGGAGGCGCUGAUGGCGGACAGGAAGCCCACUCGAGACGUGCCGUCCCCGAACAACGCGUCCGUGGCCGGCACGUCCCAGGCGCUGGGGAAGGGCGCGCGCAUCGGCUCGUUCGCCAGUCUGGAUACGUCCGUCCCCGCGUUGCCCAUGAGCUCCGCUUAUUCCGUGGGCGAGAUUAUGAGCGUGCCAGAAGACGCGCUGAUUAAACCCGAGAGUCCGGACAGUAAAGACAGGACCUCGUGGAUCCAGAGUCCGCGAUUUUCCCCCACGCCUCCAAGAAGGCUGAGUCCUCCUGCGUGUCCCCUGAGGAAACACAAGACUAACAGAAAGCCCCGGACCCCCUUCACCACGUCCCAGCUGCUGGCCCUGGAGAGGAAGUUCCGCCAGAAGCAGUACCUCUCCAUCGCCGAGCGCGCGGAGUUCUCCAGCUCCCUCAACCUGACGGAGACGCAGGUCAAAAUCUGGUUUCAGAACAGGAGGGCGAAAGCCAAGCGGCUGCAGGAGGCAGAACUGGAGAAACUGAAAAUGGCAGCGAAGCCCAUGCUGCCUCCGGCGUUCGGCAUCUCCUUCCCUCUGGGCGCGCACGUGCCCGCGUCCUACGCGGGGUCGCACCCGUUCCAGAGGCACUCCCUGCCGGUUUCCCCCGUGGGACUGUACGCCGCGCACGUCGGAUACAGCAUGUACCACCUGGCCUGACAGGGAAGGCGUGGGUGACGGGCUCGCGUGGGACACGCAGGGAGGGGGGGGGGUUUCGGGCCGCUUUCUGCGGGGGAAAAAAAGCGGCGUGGACAGGUGAGGUGAUGCUGUAACGCAGAGGCGUCCUGUCGUAGCACAGACCCCCUAAUGAGGACCUCACACGAAAUCACCCGGCUGCAUAAGUCAUUUAACCUCCAGUACUUUCUUCCAGUGGACUUUGACACUCACCGAUCAACAACGCGUUGAACGUAGAAAUGUAAUUUCAGGAGUGAGCGUCGGACUAAGCGACUGAGACUGACAUUGUUGCGGUGCAGGGGGGGGGGGGACCUGGUGACGUCACAACUGGACAGUGGAGCGUGGACGAGUCGCCCACUGCGCUGCUCUCAGCCAGGUAGAAACUCGUCUGACCAGGUUUUAUGACAGCAAUAAAGAGACGAAUGCGCAGCUUCACAGUUUGCACCAACAGUCUUAGGCUCGGAUUCCACCUCUGGGCCGUCACACGGCGAUGACCGUACUUUACCCCUAAUGUUGUCCGCAUUCCUCUCGAUGCGGACUUCCAGCGGGUUACUAAAUGCUCUUUGUGAACUCGGAGAACCACAGCAUUUGUUUUUAUAACAGCACUGUCUGUUGUUGAAAUGAUUCCCUUCGCAAGGGAUACGUGUACUGUAAAAUAAUGUACAUUUGAAGAAUAUCCUCAUUUAUAUUAUGAAUAUAUUUGUGACAUAACUUAAUAAAUUGUUUAUUCUUUUUUCAUUGA